AUGGUUUUGACGGUUACUGGAACGAGAUUAUUCUCGAAAACCGUGGGACUUCGACCUCCGGAAAAUAUGACGCCUUUCCCAGAGGCGUCGACUACGGCGGGAACCAAGUAUGUGCACACGUCGUGCUUAAAGCGGUUGGAAUCAAAGCUAGGCCUAGAACGAUGGCCGUUAGCUAGGUUGGAGACUUUCAUGCCGUUUCAGAACGCACGCUAUGAAGGAUGCCUUGGGUUGCAAACACUAGAGCCGUUCAUGCCUCUACCAAAAUUUGGGGAGAUAUAUGGGACCAGAUGUAUUGCCGUGUUCGAUGGAAAAUACCGGUACUUGCAUUCGGUACUUGCGAUGUGCAGGGCAUUGAAGCGGUUCUUUCACAUGCCCCGCAACUUGAAGUCAUCAGGUGGUCAUCAGACUAAAUGGCGUGGAUAUGAGCAUGGCUGGGUUGCUGGAGACUUCUUCAGAGCUAUUGCGAACUGUGUUGGUGGGACGCUUCGUGAGCUGGUUGCUAGAGUGGCAGUGAUAUAUGGCGACAUCUUAGUAAUAGUCGACGACUUGGGUAUGGACAGUAUUGGGUACGGACAGUAUUGUCUUCACGCCGGCGCCCAACGACGGAAUUCCAUAACGAGAGAGUUAUCAAGAUACCACGUCUUGCCUAUUGGUAAUAUCAGGUCAACUUUGAUAGAACUCCUCCAGGGCUUUAAAGGCGAAUGGGCCGAGACGCUGAAGCACCCGGAGCCUGCCCCCGUGGGAGGACAUCAUGACAUGAUCAACGUCUCCAGCAAAGAGCCAAUAGCUCUCCGUGACUUUCUCGAGGAUCAAGGCAUUCGGCGGAAGGACACAGUAGAGUUCGAAGGCAUUGGUUGGGCUAGGGGGUUUUCCUCACGAUUUAACAUCAGGGACGAAGAGGAGGUCCUUCUCGCGGGAAACUUAUGA